AUGCCAUCCGUCUCUUCCCCACGCGUCAGAUCCCAUACACCCAUGUCGGCGUCCCCGCGCAAUACGGAGCGCAGCAAUGAGCGCACGAACGAGAAGCGCCCGAAAGCAUGCGCGUACUGCUUCAGGCGAAAGAUGAAAUGCGAUCUUGCUAUCCCCUGCUCCAACUGCGUAGAAAAAGGCGAGGACUGCGUCUCUGUCGCGAGGCAAGAGCGGCCUAGACCCACACAUGAAAAGAUAGAAAAGCUUGAAGCGGAAGUGUUGCGCCUGGAGAACCUGCUCGCCCGAUCUCAAGCCUCGCCGGCUGCGGGAUCGUCCUCCUAUCAUGGCCCGCAGGAGUGGAUGCCUGGACCUGUCCAGCAUGUCCAUCAUAGUCACCACAGUCUGUCUCCCCACAAUGCCAUCUCGCCAGGCGAGGCAGCACGGAGUCGGCUCAGAUUUGGCCAGUAUGGUGAUCAGUCCGCGCAUGGCCCGACAUCAGCCUUCUUUGAUGAUCUUCCCGAAAGAGAGCAGCUGCUCGAGGACUCGCCACGCACGAGUGGGCUCGACGAGGCGACGGAAAAGCGAUAUCAGAGCCAAGCGACCGCCAUGGCUGCCAGUGAGCGGCAUAACGAGGUGUUGAAUCUGGCAGCGGGGAAGCUGGAACUGGAUGGAGUAGCGCCAGAUCUAGCGAUGCACCUCCUCGGCCUGCACUGGAAUCGACAGCACUACGGAUUCAUGGUCUCUUACCGUCCCCUCUUCACCCGCGAUAUGGCAUGUAACGGUCCCUACUUUUCCAAGCUCCUCCUCAACGCCAUCUACUUUUCCGUUUCAAAGUUUUCGGACCGACCAGAGGUAUACGACGACCCCUCGAACCAGACUACAGCGGGGCAAUGCUUUAUCCGGCGCAUCAAGGCGUUGCUGGGGGAAGCGCUCGAUAGGUCAUCUAUACCGACAAUCCAGGCGAUGUUGUUGCUCUCGAGUUCACUCUUUGCGCUGGGGCAGCAGAGCGCAGCAUGGGUGUACAGCGGCAUAGCGAUCAGGAUGAUCAUCGAUCUAGGUCUCAACUACCCGAUGAUCGGAAACCUCCACGCUGCAGAGAUAGAGAUCCGACGGCGUAUAGUCUGGGCAGCAUUCAUCUACGACAAGAUCAUCUCCCUGUAUCAAGGCCGAGCGGUCACGCUGGGCGGAAAUCAGAUGCACGUCGCACAUCGCUUCUUUGACCUCUUUGAAGAACAGGAACAAUGGACGCCCUACGCUUUUCCAGGGGUACAUCAAUACCCUGGCUCCCCUGCUUGUGCGAUCAGCACAUUUACGGCGUACUGCUCCCUGGCGCUCAUCAUGGAUCAAGUCAUCACUCAUAUCUAUGCCGAAACGUCUGUCCCGGAAGGCCCAAGAGUACAUCUGCACCGUCUCUCGGCAAGUCUGGAUAGGUGGCGGGCGAGUUUGCCAGCUGUGAUCAAUUGCGAUCCGGGAUCAGAGGCGACUGCUCCACCGCCGCAUGUUCUUUCUUUGCAUAUGGUCUACUGGACAUUGGUCACUUUGCUCCACCGCCCAUUCGUAGAGUCCGGCCAUCUAUACCAUGCGGACCCGCCCCAAACAUCGAUCUGCUGGGCGCGAUGCGAAGCAGCCGCCAAUGGCGCGACAAGCCUGUUGUCGCAAUAUCGACGUACCUUCUCCCUCGCGCGCGCGCCAUACCUCAUCUCCUACACAACCUAUGUCGCCUCGACGAUCCACGUCCGUAUAGCCGCGCAGCGUGGACCUCAAUCAGAAGCAAGCCGUCUUCUUGGCGUCUGCCUCGAAGCGCUUUCAGAGAAUGGGGCGACGAAUCCCGGAGUUCAAAAGAUGUUGGGGAUGAUUCAGGCUUUGAUGGCGAGAAUGGGGGUCUCGCUUAAUGCCGGGUCGGUAUCUGAAGCUCAAGACGAUCCCCUUGGUUUCGGACUGGAUCUGGAGGCUAUCGUCCGCUCUUUCCACAAUCGCGGGGACGAGAUGAACAUCAUCACCGGCAACGGCAAUGUCAACCAAGGCGACGCAAGUGUGCCUGGACCACCAGGACCAUUCCUGUACGACAACUCGCUCGACAGCUUGUACGGUUUCCUAAACUUCCAAUAG